AUGGCCAAUGCCGUUCGGAGAAGGGGCCGCCAGCCUGCGCAGUCGAACCAGGCAAACAGGGAUGAAGUCAACCACGACACAACUUUUUCGGCUGGCACCCCGUCUGAUAUAAGUGAGCAUGGUUGGUCACCCGAUAUGUCGGACAAAGCACGCACACACCCUGCGUCUCACAGGUCCAGAACUGGGAAGAAACGACGUCAUACGCUUGUAUUCCUUCUUGGAAGUCUAUUCGGACUUAUUGCCGCUGGAUUCUUUGCCAAAAGCAACGACCUUAUCGACUUUCCCGAAAUCGGGGAGCUUACGAUGGACAGCCUCUUUGACGUACUUCCUGCAGGCCUGGUGACGGACAUGCGGGACUUGGUGAAUGGCGAGCGCGACUUUCUUGACAGUUCGGAUGCAUUUUCCGUAGGCUUAAAGGUCAAAGCAGAAGGCCUAGGUGUCAACCACUCGGUCAUCAUGAUACCUGGUGUUAUCUCCACCGGCUUAGAAUCCUGGGGGACAGCCAAUGCCUCUCGGCAGUAUUUCAGAAAAAGGCUCUGGGGCAGUUGGAGCAUGAUGCGCGCUCUUGUAUUGGACAAAGAGAACUGGAAGAGGCACAUUAUGCUCGACAAAAAAACUGGUCUGGAUCCGGCAGGCUACAGAAUGCGUGCGGCACAGGGCUUUGAUGCCACGGACUUCUUCAUUACGGGAUACUGGAUUUGGAACAAGAUUUUUGAGAACCUUGCGUCUCUGGGUUACGACCCAACAAACUCGUUCACAGCAGCUUACGACUGGCGACUCUCAUACGCAAAUCUUGAAGUGAGAGACCAGUACUUCACACGACUAAAGAUGCACAUCGAAAUGGCUGCCGCCACGUCAGAUCGAAAGGUGGUUCUCGUGUCUCACAGCAUGGGUAGCCAAGUUCUCUUCUAUUUUUUCCACUGGGUUGAAUCGCGUCUUGGGGGCCGAGGUGGUGACGACUGGGUUGAAAAGUAUGUGGACUCUUGGAUCAACGUGAGCGGUUGCAUGUUGGGUGCUGUGAAGGACCUGACUGCAGUGCUGUCCGGAGAGAUGCGUGACACUGCGCAGCUAAAUUCCUUUGCGGUCUAUGGCCUGGAAAAAUUUCUUAGCAAGGAGGAGCGGGCUGACAUCUUCCGUGCUAUGCCUGGCAUUUCUUCGAUGCUUCCGAUGGGCGGUGAUGCCAUAUGGGGUAGCAUCGAAGAUGGUGCUCCAGACGACCUGCCCGGCCAAGAACAGAGCUUUGCAGCGCUGCUAAAUUUUCGAGGGAGCGAUAACUGGACCAUUCCGCUACACAAUUUGACCGUCAGUGGCGCCUUAGACUACCUCUUCAACACCUCACAGGACUGGUACCGAGAGCAAAUUCGGUCUAGUUACUCCCAUGGGGUUGCCCAAACUUCUGAAGAGGUCGAAAGGAAUGAAAGAGAUCCGCGAAAAUGGAUCAACCCAUUGGAAACGCGGCUUCCACGUGCGCCGAGCCUCAAAAUUUACUGUUUUUACGGCGUUGGAAAGCCUACUGAACGCUCAUACUACUAUCGCUCACCAGAUCCUCUCCCUACAACCAAGCUAAACAUCACCAUUGAUACCACCUUGACGCAAGGAGAAAUGAUUGAUCAUGGUGUUGUCAUGGGUGAAGGUGAUGGUACUGUUAACCUUUUGAGCACGGGGUAUAUGUGCAACCAGGGCUGGAAGCUCCAACGAUAUAACCCAGCGGGUGCCAAAAUCACGGUUGUCGAGAUGCCACACGAACCAGAAAGGUUUAAUCCCCGAGGGGGACCUAACACGGCCGACCACGUUGACAUUUUAGGCAGACAAAUGCUCAAUGAACUGAUUUUGAAAGUCGCGGCCGGGCACGGCGACACUAUUAAGGAGCGGGUUGUGAGUAGGAUACGACAGUAUGCCGCCAAGGUUAAAAUUUACGAAGAAUGA